CCCCUUCCUCUUUUUAGCCCUUUUGUAUUAAGAUGUAUCCAGCAGGUCCAGGAUCCGGCGACUCCCCAGAGGGUUUCCCUGAACAACCAAGGCUCCAGCCACAAAUUGGAAAUCACGCUGAAAAUGCUUUCUUCACAUGUCGAAAAAAUGCCCUUCUGGCGAAGAGCUCGUCCCCCCAGGUAGAGGGUAACUUUGCCAUGGCCCCUCGGGGCCUUGACCAGGAGGAGUGUGAGGGCCUGCUGCAGCAGUGGCGAGAAGAAGGGUCGAGCCAGGUGCUGUCAACUGUGAGUGAGGAUCCUCUUGCAGAUAAGGCACUAGCCCAGAGCAGCUUGGCAUUCCUGAUGGAUAAUCCUGGAGAACAGGAUGCUGCUUCAGAGGACAAGUGGUCCAGCAGGCAGCUGAGUGACCUUCGGGCAGCAGAGACCCUGGAGGAGCCUUUUCCUCAGGUGCUAGGAGAGGUGCCAGUGUCAGAGGUCGAGGCCCCUUUGUGGGCAGCUGUGCCUGUGCAGACAGGCUCCCAGUAUGCAGACUGUGCUGUCCUCCCAGUUGGUGCCCUGGCUACAGAGCAGUGGGAAGAGGACCCUGCAGUGGUGGCCUGGAGCCUAGCACCCGAGCCAGUGGCCCAGCAAGAGAAUUCCAUUUGGUCCUUUGAAGGCUUGGGGCAGUUGCAGCCUCCCCCGAUGGAAAUACCAUACCAUGAAAUCUUGUGGCGAGAAUGGGAGGAUUUCUCCACCCAGCCAGAUGCUCAGGGUCUGGAGGCAGGCGAUGGCCCUCAGUUCCAGUUCACUCUGAUGUCUUAUAAUAUCCUGGCCCAGGACCUGAUGCAGCAGAGCUCAGAGCUCUAUCUGCACUGCCAUCCGGACAUCCUCAGUUGGAACUAUCGCUUUGCAAACCUCAUGCAGGAAUUCCAGCACUGGGACCCUGAUAUCCUGUGUCUCCAGGAAGUCCAGGAAGACCAUUACUGGGAGCAGCUGGAGCCGGCUCUGCGAAUGAUGGGCUUUACCUGUUUUUACAAGAGGAGGACUGGGUGUAAGAUGGAUGGCUGUGCUGUCUGCUACAAGCCCACCAGAUUUCGUCUGCUCUGUGCCAGCCCUGUGGAGUACUUCCGGCCUGGCUUGGAGCUCCUCAAUCGGGACAAUGUGGGCUUAGUGUUGUUGCUACAGCCACUAGUCCCAGAAGGCCUGGGACAAGUCUCAGUGGCCCCCCUGUGUAUAGCAAAUACCCAUGUCCUGUACAACCCACGACGGGGUGAUGUCAAGCUGGCUCAGAUGGCCAUUCUCCUGGCUGAAGUGGACAAAGUGGCCAGGUUGUCAGAUGGCAGCCACUGUCCUAUCAUCUUGUGUGGGGACCUGAAUUCUGUCCCUAAUUCGCCUCUCUACAACUUCAUCAGAGACGGAGAGCUCCACUACAAUGGGAUGCCAGCCUGGAAGGUAUCUGGACAGGAAGACUUUUCCCAUCAGCUUUACCAGCGGAAGUUGCAGGCCCCACUGUGGCCUACCUCCCUGGGUAUCAAUGAUUGUUGUCAGUAUGUCAGCUCCUGUCACCCGAAAAGAUCAGAGAGGCGUAAGUAUGGCCGAGACUUCCUGCUACGUUUCCGCUUCUGCAGCAUCGCUUGUCAGCGACCAGUAGGAUUAGUUCUCAUGGAAGGAGUGACAGACACUAAGCCAGAACGACCUGCUGGUUGGUCUGAGUCUGUCGUUGAGGAAGACACGUCUGAGCUUGAGCCUGUCUUCCCCAGGACUGUAGGCACCAUCCAGCACUGCCUCCACCUGACUUCAGUGUAUACCCAUUUCCUGCCCCAGCAUGGCUGCCCAGAGGUCACCACAAUGCCCUUAGGUCUUGGAAUGACAGUGGAUUAUAUCUUUUUCUCAGAUGAGUCCUGUGAGAAUAGGAACAGAGCUGAUGACGGGCUGGUUCGAGAUGGAACUCUCAAACUGCUGGGCCGCCUCUCCCUCCUCUCUGAAGAGAUUCUCUGGGCUGCCAAUGGCUUGCCCAACCCCUUCUGCUCUUCAGACCAUCUCUGCCUGCUAGCCAGCUUCAGCAUGGAAGUCACCGCCCCGUGACAGCCCAGGGGAGAGAGCUUCUCUACUGGAAGAGCUCACUGGAUCAGUGACUGUGGAAAUGCCCUGCUGUGGAAACUCACGUCCCUCUUCUCAUUCCCUCCAGCGUGUCCACAUUCUCGCCUUCUGGUCCCUGCCCUGCCCCAGCCUCUUCCUGAUCCUGUACCACCUACUCAGUGGUCCUGGGAGAGGCAGAAGAAGCAGGGGUUCCCUCUUACCUUCAUGUACCUGGUGCUCCCCUGUAACUUUAAUUACCAGGGUUUGGGAGCUUUUGAUCUUAUUGGUUAUUUGCUUUCAGGCUGUCUCUUGGGGGUACCUUCUGACCCAAUCUUCCUCCUGUCUUUAUGACCUCUGGGCCCAGCCCCCUUGCCGGGAUGCACACAAGAUGUGUGUCCUCUUGGGCUGGGGCUACCACUUUCCACACGGAGCUGUGGGCCUAGGGAGGGUAAGAGCGUGGCCCUGUGGCUGGAUGUUGCCAGAAGGCAGCAGGGUGGGGGCCCUUUUCCUUUAUCCUUUGAGUUCCUCUAGUCACCUUCCUGCCAGCCAGGGAAAAUUGUUAUCUGGGUUCUGGGAAUGUACGGGCCUGGAAGCUGGGUGGGGGACAGUGCACCACCUGUUCAGGGAGCUCUUUGCCUCUGUCGCAGAGCUCCCCACAGUCCUGGCACAUCCCUUCCCCCAGGCUGCCCUGAGGGAGACAGAAGUUUGAAACGUUGUGUCAGGUUCAGUGGGCUGGGGCCCUGGUGUGAAGUUUAAAACUUCAAGGACUAGAAACUUGUCUCACUGGACUCUGCGGCAGGGAGUGAGGUAGAGCCCUGGCAGGAAAGACGCCGGUACGACUCACAGAGUAAGGGGCCGCCUGUCUUCCUGUGCACACCCAGGAAGCAGCGUUCUGCUCUUCCCUCCUCUUACCACUUUAGACCUUACCCACCUCCCUCUCCCCCAUCCCUUCCAUGCUCUCUGCAGAAAAUCUUGCCAGGUAGCUCAGGCCACACUUUCCCAGAAAAAUGGUGGCUUUGAGUGAAAUUAGUACUGAACUGUGGGUGGCAAUGCUUGAGGAUCGCUGUAUCCAACAAGGCCCAGGUGGUGUUUGCCUCUCUUUUCCCUCCGCUGACACAGUGCCCUGGUCCCCUCGGGGACCCCUAGCCUGUACCACGUUGUCUGCCUGCCUGCCUGCCUUAUUCUUUCAUUGCUGAGGAGUGGCCUGGGCUGCUCCUGGGCCAGCGCUUUCCCUCAGUCUCCCUUAACUCAGAGGAGCUGCUGGCUCUGAUCAGUUUGCCCUGCUGUUCUCCCCUCAGCCACCAGAUGAGGCUGGAGGGAGUGGCUAGCAGGCUGAACAGUGGGCUGGAGUUUAAUGUUCUUUCCUUCUUUUUUUUUUUUGAAAGCCAAUGACCCUACUUGAAUUGUGUAUUCCUGGUUGUAAGUUUUCCAUGCCUAGGUUUUGGGGGGUUUUCUGUGUGUGUAUAUUUUUUAGCUUUGUUUCUUGGGUCCUGGCAUGAGCCUGUCUGAGCCCCAGGCCUGUCAGACCAUACCCCACUGUUCACUUUGGCUCACGCUCUGUCUCUGGGCAUCUCCCGAGAUGGCCUCAAGGCAGUGUUCUCUUGGUCCCUAGGAUGAGGGGACACCACUGGUGUCUUUUACCUGAAAUGCAGGGUGAAAAACAGCCAAAGAUGGCAGGGGCCAGAGCUUGACUUUUCCUUGUUUUAUUUGUUUCUGUUUUGGAAAUGAAAUAGGGGUUUUAAAUGAACAUUUAAGCUGCACUCUGCAGUCUGCAGAACUGAGGCAACUUUUUCCAAAUAAAGGUUUACCUUUCCUCAUUGUUGAUCUUUUCAUUAGGACCUUGAAGAGACUGGGAUUUUGAGAGUGGUCUGGAAGAUGAGGUGGGCAGAGGCAGAAUUGAGGAGCUUUGGACUUUGGGGUGGGGUCUCAAGUAAGGCUACUGUAAUCUACCGCUGUUAAACUCCCUCUGCUGUAGGCCUGGAGGAACAGGAUUUGAGUGAAGCUUCCUGCCAUGGCUUUUCUGGGGUACCGCUCCCUUCUCUAGCCCUGUGUGAGCGGAGAGUGGCUCUAACCUCUUUUGUUAUUCCAUAUGCUGCCCACAGGCCUCAUGUGACCCAAACCACAUCUUGGGAGGAUCUAUUUGGAAAGUGGGGAAAGCUGUGUGUUUUCCUGGUCAGAGCUAUGGCAGCUGCAUGAGGCAGGAUGCAUGUGGCAGAUGCCUCUUGCUGAGUGUGUACUUCUGAUCAUCUGUUUUGCAUUCUGGAGCCAGAGCUGAGCUGGGGGCCAUCUGUCACUGGAAACAUUUCUCUUCUUUGCAAAGCCCACCUCUGCUGGUUAUUUUUGUCCUUUUCCAGCCUCCCUGUGCAAUAAAUUCAAGCAAGGUCGUGUGAAA